AUGUCUCUACUAGUAGAGUAUGGUGCUGAUGUGCAUAAGUUCGUUGGAACCUACUACUCACCAAUACAUUGUGCUGCUAGAUGUGGUCAUGUGGAAGCGAUUGAGUUUUUACUCAAAAAAGGUGUGUCUAUUGACCAUUGCAAUGAAUCAAUUCGGGGUACACCAUUGAUGGUAGCUAAUAUAUUUCAGAAAACAAAAAGUUGCUCAUAUCUAAUCCAACAUGGAGCAACACUUGAUUUUCAAAAUAAUGAUGGCCAGAGUGCAUUAGCAUUAGUCUGUGAAAUGGGAUUUUAUUCAAUGGCUAAGCUACUACUUGAAGGAGGAGCAAAUCCUAACUUACAAUCAAAUUAUGGGAGCACACCUUUGUCUAUUUCUUGCUACGAAGGCCAUCAAAAAAUUGUUAAAUUAUUGCUAGAUUUCAAUGCUGAUCCAAACAUUCAGAUGAUUCAAUUCAAUGGACUAACUCCACUUAUGCUUGCCUGUUACCAUGAAAAUCACAAUAUUGUAAAGCUGUUACUUCAAGCAGGAGUGUAUGUUGAUGCACAAUCCGAUCAUAACUGGGGCAGAAUAACAGCAUUACAUAUAGCCAGCAUUAGAAAUGAUACUCAACUGGUAAGACUUUUACUUAAUGCAAAUGCUGAUGUCAAUGUUCAAACUACUGAAGGCCUUACACCAAUGUAUAUUGCUUGUGUACAAGGAAAUAAAGAAAUGUUACAAUUUUUUAUUGAGAAAAAAGCAGACCCAAAUCUUGGCGACAAAUAUGGAAAGUCGCCAUUAUAUGCUGCCAUUGAAAGGAAUAGUGUUGAAAUUGUAACGGCUUUACUAGAUACUGGAGCUGAUCCUAAUAUUGCAGGUGGAAAAUUCAAAGUAACACCUCUACAAUAUGCAUGCACCUGUAGUAGUGAUGAUAUAAUCCACUUGCUUCUCAAAGCUAAUGCUAGCCCCAACGCUCCCAGUACUGAAGGUUAUACUCCAUUGAGUAUUGCAAGUGUAACAGGUCGUAUCAAAGUAGUUGAGAUGUUACUAUCAGAAGGAGCUAAUGUUGAGCUUGAGGAUACUGAUGGUUGGACACCAAUAUUUCAUGCUGCUGCAGGAGGUCGACUGGAUGUGAUCAGACUUUUACUAAAACAUGGAGCCAAAAUCAAGAAGGAUAAAUUUGGUAAAACAAUUGAAAGCAUAGCAGCAAAAUCCAAAAGAAUUAAAAUCAAAGAUCUACUUCAAGAGGCAACCAAACAGAAAGAUGAGGUAACAGUCAACAGAGAAGAGGAAAGGAAAGAUGAACCUAGUGCAGAUGAAGAAGUAUUAAGAACUGCUCUUACUACACCAGUUGAAGUAGACACAGAAUCAUCAGGUAAAACAACCAAACCAUCUCCACUCAUCAAUGAAGACAAUCAACAAUCAACUGAUAAUAGUUACUCUCGCCAUCAAAACUUCCUCUCCUUCAUCUCAUCAAAUAUUGGAUCAAUAAAACAACAAUACGAUAACACAAUAAAGCGACUUGAACACCAAAUGGAAGCAAUGCAAUCCAGAAUAGCAAAACAACAAAAAUUUUUUCUAUAAACUAAUACCCCCUCCAU